AUGCUAUAUUUAAUUGGAUUGGGACUAGCUUACCCAGAAGAUAUUACAGUUCGUGGUUUAAAUGCAGUGAAGAAAUGUUCCAGAGUUUAUCUUGAACAUUAUACCUCAAUAUUAAUGAAUUCUACCCAGGAAGAAUUGGAAACAUUUUAUGAGAAAAAGGUUACUUUGGCAGAUAGAGAAAUGGUUGAAAGUGGUUGUGAAGAAAUCAUGGCAGAUGCAGACAAGUUAGAUGUAGCAUUUUUGGUAGUAGGUGAUGUUUUCGGUGCUACUACUCAUACUGAUUUGGUUUUAAGAUGUAAACAACGCAACAUUCCAGUCGAAGUAAUUCAUAAUGCCAGCAUUAUGAAUGCGGCUGGUGCAUGUGGACUACAAUUGUAUAAUUUUGGACAAACCAUAUCUAUGGUUUUCUUUACUGAUUCCUGGAAACCGGAUUCAUGGUAUGAUAAAGUCCUUGAAAAUAGAAAAAUUGGUUUGCAUACAUUGGUUUUAUUAGACAUCAAAGUCAAAGAGCCUAAUUUGGAAAGCAUGGCUAGAGGUAGGAUUGUAUACGAACCACCACGCUAUAUGAGUAUCGCCCAAUGUUGCAAGCAAUUAUUGGAAGUCGAAGAAACGAGAAGUCUAGAGGCUUACACACCAAACACACCAUGUGUUGCUAUUAGUAGACUAGGAUCUAACAAGCAGAAAUUUAAAAGUGGUACGAUUAAGGAAUUGAGUGAAUAUGAUUCUGGUGAACCCUUACACUCGUUAGUUAUUCUUGGUAGACAAGUGCACGAGCUAGAAUUGGAAUAUUUAUUGGAGUUUACUGAUAACAAGGAGAGUUUUAUAAAAAAUGUUAAGGCUGAUCAAGAAUAUUUUAAACCGGCCCCAUGGGUUCCACCUAAUCAAGAUGAUGACUGUUGA